GGAAGCGAAGAUCGUCAGCUCACACUUAAGACUGAAUCAGAAAUCAAAUCAGUCGAGUGUAUUGUUCAUUACUUGCCGAACGCUUUGCUACCUUAUCAAAUUAAAGAGGUUUAAAUUAUAGAUAUUAUGAUAUUACUAAACAGCCUUAUAAUAUGCGUCUGCAUAUUCACUUGUGGAGCGCAAGAUACUUCCCUGGACAACCUGAUUGCAGACAUUUUCAAAACCGAUGAAACACCUAGCUCCUCCACAACGAGCCCUCCAACUCCAGUUGUCAAUCCAAAAGAUUCGUCCAGUAACUCAGGAUCAGGAAACGGAUCAGGAGCAGCCCAAUAUCAAUCCUGUGGCGAUCAAAAAGAGUGUGUUCCACGCUGGCUGUGUGCAAAUGACACGAUCAACACCAGUGGCGAUGGUAUAAUUGAUAUUCGAAUCGAUACGGGCGCACAAUGCAAAAACUAUUUGGAUCUGUGCUGCGAUCUUCCAAACAAGAGAAAAGAUCCCAUAUUCCCAGUCGCCCCUGAGAAUCCUGAAGGCUGCGGCUACUCGAAUCCCAACGGCGUUGGCUUCAAAAUCACUGGAGCUGUAAACCAGGAGGCUGAGUUCGGAGAAUUCCCUUGGAUGCUGGCAAUUCUCCGAGAGGAAGGACAGCUCAACUUGUACGAAUGCGGAGGAGCUUUAAUAGCUCCCAAUGUGGUUCUGACUGCUGCUCAUUGUGUUCACAACAAGCAACCAAGUUCCAUUGUUGUGAGAGCCGGGGAAUGGGACACGCAGACAAAGACUGAAAUCAUUGCGCAUGAGGACCGAUAUGUGAAGGAAAUAGUGUAUCAUGAACAGUAUAAUAAGGGAGCCCUUUACAACGAUGUUGCUGUGAUGCUGCUGGAAAGCCCAUUUACCUUCCAGCCCAACAUUCAAACCGUCUGCCUGCCCGACGUGGGUGAAAACUUUGAUUAUGAUCGUUGUUAUGCUACCGGCUGGGGUAAGAACAAGUUUGGCAAGGACGGGGAAUACCAGGUAAUCCUGAAAAAGGUGGAUAUGCCUGUGGUCCCGGAACAACAGUGCCAGACCAACCUGCGCGAAACUCGUCUCGGCAGGCACUUUAUUUUGCACGACAGCUUUAUUUGUGCUGGCGGCGAAAAGGAUAAGGAUACUUGCAAGGGAGACGGAGGUUCCCCAUUAGUAUGCCCCAUUAAGGGCCAGAAGGGACGAUUCAAGUCGGCCGGCAUUGUUGCCUGGGGAAUCGGCUGUGGAGAGGAAAACAUACCCGGUGUGUAUGCCAGCGUGGCUAAACUUCGUCCAUGGAUUGACGCUAAAUUGAAGAUUUGGAAUAUUGACCCCAAAUUCUAUACAGCAUAGAUUUAGACAAACCUUCCAAGAGGUUAAUCGAGAACAAAAAAUAAAAAUAUGUAAUCCAAUAACUGGAGAUUA